AUGGCCGAUAUGAGUAGCAACGCCAAACCCAACGAUGACACCAGAGCGAGCCGGGGGGUCAGCAUGGGAGAUGGGCUCAAGCGCAAUCGCAGCACGAACCUUCGUAAGACUACAUACCUUCGCGCUGCAAGAAUAAGACCGCAUAUUAAGUUAAGUGAACUGAUAGGUGUCGAUGAUCCGGUUCGACCACCCAAGCAAGCCCGCACAAUCGAUACGUCUGAGCAAGGACCUGUCAUAAACUCGGGCGAAUACACAGUGGGCUGGGUGUGCGCCCUCCCGCUUGAGAUGGCCGCUGCGAAGGGGAUGCUCGACCAGAUUCACCCGGAUAUACCCCAAGACCAGGCCGACCAUAACAACUAUAUCCUAGGCCAAAUCCAGGGCCACAAUAUCGUUAUAGCCUGUCUGCCUGCAGGCAUUUAUGGAACGACAACAGCAGCCACCGUUGCUAAGGACCUGUUACGGACCUUCAAGUCUAUUCGAUUCGGUCUGCUCGUCGGCAUUGGAGGUGGUGCGCCUUCACGAACAAACGACAUACGGCUAGGCGACGUCGUGGUAAGCCAGCCUACUGGAACCAGUGGUGGCGUUAUCCAGUAUGAUCGGGGAAAGACAGUACAGCAUGGGGAGUUCCAACGCACAGGGUCCCUUAAUAGUCCACCCCAGGUUUUACUAACAGCCUUGGCCCGCUUACAAACCGAGCAUAUGACCAACGGCAGCAAAAUACCCCAAUACUUGUCUGAGCUUGUGCAGAAAAGUCCAGAGAGAGUUAAACGAAGGUUUAGCUAUCAAGGCUCCUUGAAUGAUCAUCUUUUCCAAGCAAAGUAUAACCAUGUUAGCCAGGACUCUUCUUGCGACCAGUGCGACCCUGCACACACAAUUCAACGGGAUGCUAGAGACGACACAGAGCCAUUUAUUCAUUACGGAACUAUUGCAUCAGGCAACCAGGUCAUUAAGCACGGAGAGACGCGCGAUCGCUUAGCCAGAGGACUCGGGGCGCUCUGCUUUGAGAUGGAGGCUGCAGGGCUGCAGGACUUUCCUUGUCUCGUUAUUCGUGGCAUCUGUGACUAUUCAGACUCUCACAAGAACAAAGUUUGGCAAGAAUACGCAGCUGCAACGGCAGCAGCAUUUGCGAAGGAGCUUUUAUCAAUCAUACGGCCAGAGAAGGUUCUAGAGGAGAAGCCUAUUCAACAACUAGUCUCUCUUACACAAGAACAUCUACAAGUCUCCACCGAUCACUACAAUAUUUCGUCUCGGCAGCUCUCUGAACACAAGCGCACAAACGAAAUACUCGAAAGUCGCUGUCUAGACCUUCCCAUCGUCUACGAAGCGCGUUACGACAGUCUCGACGUCCAAGACAGCCCGAAAUGUGCGGGUGGAACCCGGAUCCGCUUCCAAGAAACGAUUUACCGCUGGGCAGAUGAUGAUUCUGGCGAACCCUUCUUCUGGCUCGUAGGCCCAGCAGGAACUGGUAAAUCUACCAUUGCGCGUACCAUUGCAGACUCCUUGGCCAAGAAGAAACGACUUGCUGCUGGGUACUUUUUCAAGAGAGGAGAAAAGGGCCGAAAUGACACUAGUCGAUUGAUUCCCACCCUCGCCAUCCAGCUGGCUGAUACGGUUCCCUACUUCAAAGGCCAUCUUCGGAGCUGUCUUGACGGCCUUGACAGGGACGCGAUCGAAAAAAAGGGUCUCGGCGUGCAGUUUGACAAACUUAUUUUGAGUCCUCUGGUAGAACUGGCUUCUACCAAUACGAGCCAAGAGCCGUGGGUGAUCAUCAUUGAUGCGUUGGAUGAAUGUGAGCGUCCUGAGCAUCUUCCAUUGGUCAUUACAUUGCUAGGCAGGCUCCGGCAUGUGGACACAAUACGCUUCCGUGUUCUAUUCACGAGCAGGCCCACCCCCAAAGUUAGCAAGGCGCUUGAGUCCUUUGUUACACAAAAGACUGCUUGCAAACUGCAGCUUCACCGCGUGUUUUUUGAAGAUAGCAUGUCUGACAUCCAGACUUUUUUAAAGAUCCGGUUUGCGGAGAUCAAAGCAAAGCGCGGCGUGCAGCAAGACCCGUGGCCUACCUUUGAAGAUCUGGAUCGCGUGGUUCAAUUAGCCACAACCCCCGAACCCCUGUUUAUUUAUGCUGCAACUCUUUGUCGGUUCGUCUAUGAUGAGAAGCGCCCACGAAACCCCAAGAGUCAGCUAAAGCUAUGGCUUAAGCAGUGCAACUUAGGCAGAUCUCAGCUAUGUCAAAUUUACGAUCCUAUUCUCAGUCAGGUACUACUUGGUAAUGAGGAAGCAGAAUCCGGCCAGCAACUACAGUUCCUGGCGGCCCUUGUUCUUCUUGCCACGCCACUGCCCGCCACCUGUCUCGCUAAUCUCCUUGGUAUCGAUAUAGACGACGUGAAUUGGUGGCUUCCAGAGUUGCAUGCAGUGCUGGACAUCCCUCCUGAACCUCAUCAACCUGUACGACUGCUUCAUAAGUCGUUCAGCGACUUUAUCCUUAGUCUGGAGGAUGCAGGAAAGAACAAGUAUCGUAUUGAUGCUACAGAAACACACAAUUUGCUAGCGGCGCAGUGCAUUCAGCGCAUGGAAACAGGACUCAGACGGGAUAUCUGCAACAUCCAAAAGCCGGACGCGCUCAAAGAUAGGAUUGACAAGCAAGUACUAGACCUUUGUAUUCCCGCUGAUCUCCGGUAUGCAUGCCUCUACUGGGUCUAUCAUUUGCAAAAUAGUGGACAGCAUCUGGGAGAUGAAAUGUGUGAGUUCCUCUACACGCACUUUCUUCAUUGGUUAGAAGUUUUGGCGCUUCUGGGUAAGGUCUCGGAUGGAGCCGGCGCGCUUCGGCAGCUUCUCAAUUUGUGUCAGGGUUCUGAUGCACAUGCAGAAUUGAUUGAUUUCAUCAAAGAUGCCAGCAAGAUUGUGGCAAGUUUUGGAUCUAUUAUUGAACAGGCGCCUCUCCAGAUCUAUCAAGCGUUGAUGUUGUUCUCUCCGCUUGAAAGCAGAGUGCGGAAUAGGUUCUCCGAACAAUGUCUACCUGGUCUUCCUCGUGUUUACGACGUGAAACCUAAUUGGGAUGCGCACCGGCUGACACUUGAGGGCCAUGAAGGCGCGGUCAACGCGGUGGCAUUCUCUUCAGACGGCCAGUUGGUCGCGUCGGCGUCGUCUGACAAGACAGUGCGCCUCUGGGACGCAGCUACGGGCGCGCACCAGCAGACAUUCGAGGGACACGAGGACGUAGUUAACUCAGUAGUCUUCUUACCAGAUGGCCAGGUAGUGGCGUCAGGGUCGAAGUACGGGAAAGUACAGCUCUGGGAUAUAGCCACAGGCACACACAAACAGACCCUUGGUGACCACAAGAGCCGAGUCUCUGCAAGAACCUUCUCGCCAGAUAGCCAUGUAGUAGCAUUGGUAUUAUACGUUUGGAUAGAGCUCUGGGAUGUAGCUACAGGCACACACUAUCGGACCAUUUAUGCCCAUGAGGGCCUAAUCUAUGCAAUAGCCUUCUCACCAGACAGCCAGGUAGUAGCGGCAGCGUUAAGUAACGGGACUAUACAGCUUUGGGAUGUAGCUACCGGCAAGCACUAUCAGACCCUUAAGGGCGAAGAGAGCCUAAUCCAUGCAAUCGCCUUCUCACCAGAUAACCAGGUAGUAGCAGCGGCUUUAAGUAAUGCGACGGUAUGGCUCUGGGAUGUUGCUACGGGCGUGCAACAGCAGAAAUUCGAGGGCUAUGAGGGUUCAGACUACGCAGUAGCCUUCUCCCCAGACGGUCAGGUACUGUCGUUAGCGUCAGGCAAUGGAAGAAUACAGCUCUGGGACGUGGCUACAGGCACGCGCUAUCAGCCCCUUGAGGGCCACAAGGGCCUGAUCCGUGCAAUAGCCUUCUCUCCGGACAGCCAGACAGUAGCGUCAGCGUCAGACGACGGGACGGUCUGGCUCUGGAACGUGGCCUCAGGCGCACGCCAGCAGGAAUUCAAGGGCUACAAGGACGACAUUUGCUCAGUAGUCUGCUCACCAGACAACCAGACAGUAGCGUCAGCAUCAAACGACGGGACGCUAAGGCUUUUCCACACAGCCACAGGCGCACACCAGCAGACGCUUGAAAGUCACAGUGGCUUGAUAAAUUUAGUAGCCUUCUCGCCGGAUAGCCAGGUAAUUGCAGCAACUUUGAGUAAUAGCAUAAUACAGCUUUGGGACGUAGCUACAGGGGUACAGCAACAGACACUUGAAGGCCACGAGGGCCAUGAGUGCCUGGUUACUGCUAUAGUCUUCUCGCCAGACAGCCAGAUAUUAGCGGCAGCAUUUUUCGACGGGACGGUACAGUUCUGGGACGUAGCCACAGGCGCACAUCAGGAGACCUUUGAGGGCCACAAGCAGUGUGUUGAAGCGGUAGGCUUCUCACCGGACGGCCAGGUAGUAGCGUCAGCAUCAAGUGACCGGACAGUGCGGCUCUGGGAUGUAGCUACAGGUAAACAUCUGCAGACGCUCGAGGGCCAUGAAGAGACAGUCAUCACUGUAGUCUUCUCGCUAAAUAGCAAGAUAGUAGCAUCAGCAUCAUUAGACUUUACAGUACGGCUAUGGGAUGUAGCUACUGGAGCACAUCAGCAGACGCUUAAGGGCCACAAGGGCCGGGUUAAUGCCAUAGCCUUCUCCCCUGACGACCAGCUAGUAGUGUCGGCGUCGGACGACGGGACGGUACGGCUCUGGGACGCGGCCACGGGCGCCCACCGGCACACGCUUGACAGGUGUUUCACUGAGAAUCUCAUUUUCGACCCGUGUUCCAACACGCGACUUUUCACUGAUUUCGGGUCGGUAGACCUAGUCGCAAGUUCUCGGGUAGGCGAACCGUGUUCCUCUGGAGUGUGGAGAUUGUCUCCCACCACCUGUGGACUUGGCCUUAGCCCUGACCACACUUGGAUCAUGGAAGGCAAGGAGAAGAUUGUCUGGCUCCCCAUUGAGUACAGACCAGUAGCAUUAGCUACAAAAGGCUCAGCUAUGUUCAUCGGUUGUGUAUCAGGGCGUGUUAUCCGUAUCAUGACUACAAGGGCGGGCGCCUAA